AUGUUAAGAUUAGAGUGGCUCUUAAAUGAUGAUGGCUAUGAUGACGAACGACCUCUACGAGUAUAUAGAGACCGAGUAUACUUUGACUUAUGUGACCGUCAGUACCGUCAAUGUUUUCGACUUAACAAAAAUCAAGUAGCGUUUAUUCUAAGUAAGAUUGAACAUAUCCUAACUCAUACGAGUAUUCGAAAUAAGGCAAUCACAGCAGAACAUCAGCUAUUGACUACAUUGAACUGGCUCGGCAAUGGUGCACAACAACAUGGUAUUGGAGCUACUCAUGGAAUAUCAACUUCAUCUGUCAGUAGGUGUAUUCAAAGGGUCGUUAAUGCGGUUGUUACUCAUAUGUUCCAAAAUAUUGUCAAGUGGCCCAACAACACCGUUAAAAUACCAACGACGUUCCUUGAAAAAGGUGGGUUUCCUAGUGUAGCUGGCUGCAUUGAUGGUACAUUGAUCAAUAUUGAUGCGCCAAAUUUAAAUGAAGAACAAUAUAUCGAUAGACAUGGCAACCAUUCAAUCAAUGUGACAAUGGUUUGUGGUCCAAACCAUGAAUUUUAUGCAGUAGACGCUAACUGGCCAGGAAGUGUACACGAUGCCAGAGUAUUAAGAAAUACUAAUGUAUUUGCUGCAUUUGAGAGUGGGUGGAGACCAUUUCCCGGAGCAGUGCUUUUAGGAGAUAGCGCAUAUCCAUUAAAAGAGUGGCUUAUUCCACCCCGUCAUCAAAACCCUAAUGAUGAAACUGAACAACGGUUCAAUCGCAAACAUAAAUCUACACGACGAUUAAUAGAAUGUAGCUAUGGAAUACUCAAAGAAAGAUUCCCAUGUUUGAACCAUCUUCGAACACAACCAUACAAAAGUGGUAUGAUUGUGAUGACUUGUGCCGUGUUUCAUAAUAUUGCAUGUUUAAUUGACCAUGAACCAACUGAGGAGUAUGUAUAUAAUGAAGAAGACAACUUCCAAAACAUAGACGAAGAGUAUCAAGAAGAGGCCCCAAAUGUUGGUGGCAUGAAUAGGGUUAACUCAUUAUUAGAUUAUUUUAGGCGUAGGGUAUAA